AUGGAGGACAAACCUAAAGAUGUGCGGCCCAAAGUGCAGGUCAUCAUCGAACAGCCCAACGCGUCUGGCGCACAAGCCCAAAACUCUUUCUACCAUGAAGACUUUCAGCUUACCAACCAGGACCCUGAGCAAGGUGACAAAGUCGGCCACACGAAGAUGAUUCUCCAGGAACAGAGCUCGUCUGAUUAUUCCAGCGGUAACUACGUUCUUGCUCGGGGAGAGGCCAAGUGUGGCAUCACCACUUGCUUCCAAAUUCACUGA